AACAAUCUUCCUGCCAGUAUCUAGUGUUUGUACGUCUGAACAGGGCUGCCGCGUGGGGGCCCUCCUUUGUGUACCGAGGAAAGGCCACUCCCUCCGCCCAGGUUGUUCUUUGUCCACUGAAAUUAGCAACAGGUGGUGACUAGGGCCCUCCUAGGGCAUUGGGAGGAGAGUCGCUUGCUGGGAGCUGAAGUCACACGGAGCUGGGCGAGCUGGGCGGAGGAACUUUAGGCACCUUUCCUUUCCUCACCUGGCUGCACAGGCCACUAGGACCUCGGCCCAGGGAUCCAGGCCUGAGGAUUAAUUCCAGGCUGCGUCGGGGCCAUGCUGGCUGCCUUCAUCUGGGAUGGAUUGUAGAGACAUGGAGUUGUGUGAGGAUUACCAGUCCCCGUUUGAUUUUGAUUCCGGAGUGAACAAGAACUACCUCUACCUCUCUCCAAGCGGGAACGCCUCGCCGCCUGGUUCACCGACACAGACCGUUGGUCUGCUGAAGACAGAGCCAGUGGCUGAGGAAGGAGAGGAUGCUGUUGCAAUGCUCAGUGCCCCAGAGACACUGACGGAGGAGGAGCAAGAGGAGCUGAGGCGGGAACUUGCUAAGGUGGAAGAAGAAAUCCAGACUCUGUCCCAAGUGUUGGCUGCAAAAGAGAAGCAUCUCGCAGAGAUCAAGCGGAAACUUGGGAUCAGCUCGCUUCAGGAAUUCAAGCAGAAUAUCGCCAAAGGGUGGCAAGACGUGACAGCAACCAAUGCAUACAAGAAGACAUCCGAAACUCUAUCGCAAGCCGGGCAGAAGGCCUCCGCUGCAUUUUCAUCGGUUGGCUCAGUCAUCACCAAAAAGCUGGAAGAUGUGAAAUUGCAAGCUUUCUCACAUUCCUUUAGUAUCCGCUCCAUUCAGCAUUCGAUUAGCAUGCCUGCCAUGAGAAACUCCCCAACAUUCAAGUCAUUUGAAGAAAAAGUUGAAAACUUAAAGUCUAAAGUAGGAGGAGCCAAGCCUGCUGGCGGCGAUUUUGGAGAAGUCCUGAAUUCCACAGCGAACGCUACCAAUACCACCACCACGGAGCCGCCUCCAGAACAGAUGACAGAGAGCCCCUGAGCUGCCGACCUGUGUCCUGCUGCCCACUGCCAGGUGCUGCAAGCGAGAGCCAAGCACAUCUUGACAACACUCAUGGCUGCAGAUUUCUACCAGAUGUGCUUUUAUUCAGCUUUACUUAUUUCUUUGACCAAAUAGUUUGUGAAUGAAACAAAGUGAAACCACCCUCACCUCCACUCCAGGGAAAUACCCGUUAGCGUGCAUGGAAGGUCCUUUGUAUAGGAAACAUCAUCAUAGAGCCUCUGGUAUUCCCUGCAGGCAACUACUGUGUUUCUCCUUAAAAAUCACUGUACAUCUAGAUUCUAGUUUGAGCUUUUUUUGCUAUCUACAUGAGUCAUUCUUUUUGGGUCUCUAUACACGUAAUCGGUUUCUAACUAAAACUGUUCUUUUCUAAAUUCGGGUUAUUAAAAGUCUUGGAAUUAUUUCAUUACUUCCAAAGAAGAAACUACCAGCUACAUUUAUUUUUCUUAGAUAAACAGUUUUAUAAGGACCAUAUCUUGGGUUUCUGAAGGCAUCAGACUAAGUAGACAGGUGUGUAUACAUUUCAGUAGUUCUGGAAGUUAAAAACAUGCAGACACUCAAACUUCCAGUGGUGUGAGUGUGGGUCCCCCCGGCCCCUUUGGUAACUGUCAUUUAUUUGUAGCUGCAUCGGGUUCAGCAUAUCGGUUAUUUAUUAUACCAUUAUGCAUUUUUUAUAAGAUUAAAAUUUUAUUUCAGGCAAAUUGACAGAAUAACAUUUUGAGGCAAGUAUGUAACAUUACAGUGAGGUGGGAGGUUCCCACACUCAUCAUUGGUAAUUCCAAAAGUCUAAGAAGCCUUUAGGUCUAUACAGCUAUAAAAAUGCUAAAAUAAUUCACCUUAGGGGAAACUACUGCCUCCGUGAAAUCCACUUACCACCCUUUAGGAAGCACAGAAAGUUCUAUGAGAAGUACAACUUGAAUAUUUUUUAUACUAAGGUAUUGUUGACGACUCCGGAGGCUGUAAGGCGUUACUACAGGUGAGCUUAUCAUGCUGUACUUGUUUUCAGUGUGUCAGUGACUGUGAACUGUACUGCAGCCAUUGUUCCCACGUUGACAACUGUCAGGGGGCUCGUGAAUCACAGCUUCCUGAUGUCUCUGCUGAGUUGCUCUAUUGACUGUGGUUACUACUGAUCCACUAUGUUUCCUUUGCUGUGUAUGUUUUUGGCCUAUGAGGGUGUAUCUGUUACUUAACUAUUGUGGUGGUUUUACCAUUGUCCAUGCCAAAUGUUAAUUGCCAAGCUUGGGGUGACCUAGAGCAUUUUUCAAAAGCAUGACUAGAUUUAAUUGAGGAUAAGGUUUCUGCCAACCAGAAUUGAAAACCCACAAUGUCAGUUGUUACAAAACGACAUGCUGCCAUUCCUGAUUGCUGCUUGGAUGCAAUGGAAACUGUGCUCGAUUACAUGUGAAAAUCUUAAUAAAGUCUGUGUCUCAGUAGUGUAGGUUUCAAUGUUUAUUAAGAGGGCAGUGGACUGGACAAAGCUUGUUGUAUUCUAAAAUCAACUGGUAUUCUGGAAGAAUUUUCUUAGAGGACUGGACUGUAGAAAUUUAUCUUUAGAGAUAUAUUGUGAUUAUUCAAUAUAAUGAUUUUUCUACCAA